GGCGGGGUGAUGAGGGUUUGGGGGAGGAUGUAGCUGCGGUCGGUCGGUCCGCUCGCUUCGGUCCGGCACUUCGGGACAGCUCGGCUCUCCCACCCAGCGCAGUCCAGACUCAGAGCGAGGCCGCGCGGACAGCGGGGCGCUGCAGGCGGCGGGGGCAGGCUGAGGCUCCGGCGGGCGGGUGUUACAGCGGCGCUAGCGGGGCUCAGCGGAUGUAAACAAGCGGCUCUCAGAGAGACGGAGGCCGGAGCGGAGAACCUCCACCCGCGGCUUAAUCCGCAGCGGAGGACUGAUCUGAGCCGCUGCGUUAUUCGGUGUGUGUGUGAAUUAUAUCUGAGGAUCAGGGCUGGAGAGGACACCUCCCCGGUUUAGAGCUGCAGUGGAGGGGAGAGAGAGAGAGGGGGGAGAGGGGUCGCUGCCUCGGCUGUGUUUUCCACUGUAGCUCCAGGCCAGCAAAUGAUCAACACUGAGCAUUUCUGCUCAAAUACCCAAACUAACCUCACAUUACCGGCCUUUUAAAGGACCAGAGCGACGAAACUCCCUCUCACCUAAACGAACAAACCUUUAAGUACAUGAGGGACGAAGUUUGAGCGUCGUGUUUGCUGGAAAUUGUGUAAAAUAUAAGGUGAACUUGGAGAAGCACAGAGGUCAUGGCACAUCAGCAGAUGCCCAGCUCGCAGAAGGCGUUGAUGCUGGAGCUGAAGUCUCUACAGGAGGAACCGGUGGAGGGCUUCCGCAUUACCUUAGUGGAAGAGUCUGACUUGUAUAACUGGGAAGUGGCUAUCUUUGGACCCCCAAACACACUGUAUGAAGGAGGCUACUUUAAGGCCCAUAUAAAGUUUCCUGUGGAUUACCCAUACUCACCUCCAACUUUCCGUUUCCUAACUAAGAUGUGGCAUCCAAACAUAUAUGAGAAUGGGGACGUGUGUAUUUCAAUCCUGCACCCUCCUGUGGACGACCCCCAGAGUGGAGAGUUGCCCUCGGAGAGGUGGAAUCCUACACAGAAUGUCAGAACUAUCUUGCUGAGUGUAAUCUCUCUGCUGAAUGAACCCAACACCUUUUCCCCGGCUAACGUGGACGCUUCAGUCAUGUUCCGCAAAUGGAGGGACAGCAAAGGAAAGGACAAGGAGUAUGCAGAAAUCAUCCGAAAGCAAGUGCUGUCCACAAAGGCGGACGCAGAGCGGGACGGGGUGAAGGUGCCCACCACGCUGGCUGAGUACUGCAUCCAGACCAAAGUGCCUUCCCACGACAGCAGCUCGGACUUGCUGUACGACGACCUGUACGACGACGACAUCGAGGAGGAGGACGACGACGACGAUGAGGCGGAAGCUGGAGGCCCUGCAGGAGAAAUGAGUGGAGACUGCUUUGGGGAUGAGGAGGACUCCGGCAAUGAAGAGUCUUGACCUCCUUCUCUUACCGUGACGCUGACCCUCCCCCCUCUACCAUUCUCCUCCUCCUCCCUGAUUCUCAUGUUUCUGUCUGUCUGUCUGUGUGUCUGUCUACGGCGUGCCCCUGAGUUUUUGUUUAGGCUGCUGAUGUUUCACUGUUUGUCCUAAAACCUGACCUUGAGUUUUCUCCCUCUCCGUACAUCCCCUCAUAACCGAGUCCUCUGUGUAGCCAUAACCAUCGCUCUGAGCUACGAUUAGGCUGCGUUCACACAGCAGGUAACAGUGGCCCAAAUCUGAUUUAUAUCACAAAAUCAACGUUUAUUUUUUUGAUUAAACACUUCAUAAGCACACUUGUAACCAGACACUCAUGCAAAAAGCAGCGUUUCACAUGAAACUUAGGUUUAGUUUCAUCUUUUCAUUUUUAUCAGCAUCACAGGAGCUAUCUCACAGUUCCAGUAGCUAACACCCAAGGCUUAGUGUGUUCUAGAAGUGCCCACGCCUACUUCUUUGAUUUAUUUAUUCAUUUUUUACACCACAUUGUAAUUAAACAAUUAUUUUCACUUGGUGCAACAGCCAUGCUCGCCUGUGAUCAUUUUUUCAAACACAGAAUGGCUGCGAUAUGGGCCUUCAAAUGUAUUUUGAACAAAGACAUCACCCCUAAUAUUUAUGUGGUCUUUUACCUUUUUUUUAUUCUAAAGCCCUAUCCAGAUGGGAUUAGUUUCUCAGGGGGUUCUGGGGUAAUUUUCUCUUUUAUGUGGGGUUGGGGAGAUCCUCUGUGAUUUUAUUCCCGUCCAGAACGAUCAUGUACGUGUUUUUCUCAGACGUCCUCUGAGAAUAAAAUUACAGGCUGAAUUAUCUACUGUUUUUCUCUGAACUCUGUGCUCCUCCGGUAAUUUUAGUCCCAUCCAGACGCACAUCUCUGUGUUUCGUCUCCUCACCUUUAAUAAAAUAGCUAUUUGUCCACUGCCGCGCACCGUAAUUACACUUACACGCGUUUUCACGGAGAUCCACCUUAACAACACAACAGUGAGUGGAAAUGGAGGAGCUACUGAACGAGAUGCCAUGUGACCAAAAAAAAAAAGCCUAAAAACUCACAGGCCUCCUGGAUUCUGACCAGGCUGUUUAAUGCAUUGCCACACACUGUCUGAAAUCUAAAUUUAAAAUCUCAGAUUUAAGUUUUUUAUUUAAUUUUAUUUUUAUUUAUUUUUCCCCACCUGAUUCACACUGUCACACAGAAUUCACAUCUGUGUCGCAUAUGACGAAAUGAGAUUGAUGAAAUUUUGGGUUUGGACCACUUAUACCUGCUGUAUCAACCUAGCCUUAGAGCCCCAAGUAGGAAUCAGUGUAGGUGGUAAGAAUAAAAAAAAAAAGUAGCAACAGCUUUAAACCUGCAUUUGUUACAUAUAUCACUUUGCUGGUUGGUGUAACGCAACAAAUAACAUCACAGUCUUUAAGCCAAAAAGCCAUGUGGGAGGCUGGGGACUCUGGGUACGUUCACAUUACAAGCCACAUUGCUCAAAUCAGAUUUUUGGCUUUUUUUGCAGUUCAAUUUCACUGUAAAUGUAAGUGAUCUGUAUCUGUGUGUAAUGUGAACGAAUCUGUUCCUGAAACGCCGCCUUACAUGCUGCACAUUGAUACCUGUAUAAACGCCUCCUUCUUCACCAACAACAAAAACCCUCAUAUUAGAGAGACAACUUUAUAAACUUUAUAAAGGGAAAUGGAUGAGUUAGCAGCUCAUAUGUGGAGCAUCUUUUGCUGGAGUGGAGAAACAGUAAACAGCUGCUCUGAAGUUCAUGCUCAGGUCCAGGAGGAUAAAAUAUGACAGGCAGUUUGCUUUUGCUGUUUUUUUUUGCAGCUUUAGCUGCACAGUGCACCAAGAGAUGCAGUGUGGGUGUGUACGAGAAGCGCGUAGCGCUAAUGCUAAUUCGUAAAAGCAAAAAGACACAUGAAUUCAGAUUUGACAGUUCACGUUCAAGUCGCAUGUCUGUGGAUUGGAUAUGUAUCCAAUUUAGGACCACAUAUGAAAAUGACUCGUUCACACAGCCAUAAAAAAAAUCAGAUUUGAGCCACAUUGUGCAAAAAAUCAGAUUUGAGUCACUUCAGCCUGGUGAACGUAGCCUAUAAUGCAUUACAGCAGUAGAAGUCUUUGGCCAAUACCAAUACUCAUUAACAUUUAACAUUACAUUCAUUGGCUUACCUCUGUAAUACAGGUAAUGUUGCUGUUAUACAGGUAAAGUCUUAUAUCUAAUAAGAGCAUCAGCUCAAUGCCACAAACGCUCACUCAAUGGCAUUUACAGGUGUAAAACUCUGUUGGUAAGUUGGUUAAUGGUGCUCUACAGUUCUAGCAAUGCAUUGGCUGCUUUUUACUGAUUCCAGAUUGGGGCUUAAGGCCUUAAGGCAUACUUCUGGCGAAAUGAAGUUUGCAAGCGUUGCAGGAAGCAAAGCACAUUCGCAAGCUACACAACUGUACGCCUCUUUUUUUUUAACAGCCAAUGACAGGAGUUCUCUCUCUCUGUGGUUGCGUCUCAUUGGUCACCAGAGCCCAACAAACGUUUAUCUCCGCAGGAAGUAUGCCAAGGCCUUUAAACAGAUGAGGCUCAGGUCGAGUAGUAACCAUAGACUUGUCCACGUCCCUCUGGCAUUCAUCCUCCCUUGCCUGCCUCGAGACCUCAGGGCUUUUGCAUACUCACAGCUCUCUAUCCACCCUUAACAACUCAAUGAUUUCAAAGUGUGCUCUUGGAUUUGUUGGAAUUCGUUUUAAGAAUACAUCUCUUUUCUUUCAGCUGGGAGUUGCUUUUCUUUGUUUUUUCUUUUUUAUCGCCUUUGUAGCGUCUCUUUAGUUGAUACCUCACUGUCUUGUCUCUUUACUUCCUUUUCCCUCUGUGUGUCUUUGGUCUUUGUACGUUUUUCUGUACGCCAGCCACACACCUCAUAUGUCAUUUAGAGCUAACGGAUGGCACUGUCUGUCUAGUGAGUCAAUGUUUUCUUUUUCCAUUUUUCUUUCUUUUUCCCCUUGCAAACCUUUUCGUCUCCACCUCUCAACAAGCCAGCGCUUUUAAGUGCUUUGUUUUUGCACAUGACCACCUGUUAAUGACUGAUUUCACCGCUCUCGUGUAGUUUGCCAGGUAAGUAUUUUGAGAUAGAAAUGAGGGAAGGAGGUCAAAUGGUCUUAAUGGACGAAAUUACUCUGCAUGUGAGCUUUCUGUUGGAAGCAGCUCUUACAUUUCGGACCCAAAACACUUUCAGUGAGUCUUUUGAGCCAUUCAAUUCAAUGGUAAUGUUAAGAGUACCUGGUAAUGGAGGUGCAUGGAGGUGAAUUCAGGUGCUACCACAUCUACAUUCAGAACAACUGCAGCAUCAACAUGGACACUAGUAUCAGAUCUACACUCUAAUUGCUAGUCGGUGUGUAUCACUGGUCAAGAAGCAAUGGUGAACAGAAUUGGUGGUGAACAGAGACUGUUUAGUAGAGGUGAUUGAUUGUCCCUGAUGUUAGAAUCUGUAAUAAUGACUGAUGAUGAUUAUUAUGAUGAUGUUGAUAAGAUGGUAGAUAGAAAAAAAACGAGGGAUGUCCCAGUCCAGUUCAGUCACUCAAAAUUAGCACUGAUCCAGAUUUUUUUUUGCAGUAGAAACCAAUUUUAAAACCACUUCCAUUCCUUUGGCUCUGGUUUGUUAUACCAUAGCACACUCUGUAGCCCUGUAGGCCAUUAUUUCCUCAACUGUGGUCAUGAAGGAACAGUUUCCUGAGCUUUUUAGCUUAUUAGAGUUUUUUCUGCUCCCAGCACACCUGAUCCAAAUAACCUCAUCUCAUUUAUAGACCAUUAUUGACUUAUGCAGGUGUGUUCCAGCAUGAAAAGCACUACAAAAGGCCUCAAAGACUACAAAUGAGAAACUCUGCUCUGAGCACCAUUAACAAACAUGUUUUUCAUUGGUCAAAAUCGUUCGAAUCGUUCUAAACAAACAAAAAAAACUACCCUUCUAAUACUCCCUCUCCAUUCCACCUUAAAAAGUGUAGUAAAGAGGAUAGUUAAACAAAUUUUACCAAAUUGAAAAGCUCUAAAAUAUAAUGGAACAUACGUUGGAUAGUUACAAGCCAUCAAUCCAAGCUGAACUGCUUGAAUUUUUGCACCAGGAGUAAAGCAGCAUAAAGUUAUCCAAAAGCAGUGUGUAAGACUGGUGGAGGAGAACAUGAUGCCAAGAUGCAUGAAAACUGUGAUUAAAAACCACCAGGGUUAUUCCACAAAAUAUUGAUUUCUGAACUCUUAAAACUGAUUGCUCUAAAUGGCAAUAUUUGUAUUUGGAAUUUGGGAGAAAUGUUGUCUGUAGUUUAUAGAAUAAAACAACAGUGUUCAUUUUACUCAAACAUAAACCUAUAAAUAGUAAAAUCAGAGAAACUGAUUCAGAAACUGAAGUGAUCUCUCACUUUUUUCCAGAGCUGUAUGUAAUUAAAGAUGUGGCAAUUUACUGCAAACAUUUGAAAUUGAUGAUUAAGGUCAUGUCCAAAGUAUAUAUGGUAUAAAAAAUCAAUAAUGUAAUGUAUAAUGUAUAGAAAUGCAAUGGUUGAAUUGGAUUGGAUUUGGACUGGAUCUGUAUCGAGUACUCUGAUCCUCGACCCCUGAUCUGUGGAUUGGGACAUCCCUGGAUAUAACUGUGCUUCACUUUGAAGUGUGCACAUAUUAUUCAGUAGGUAUCUUGCAUAAGCAUUUAAUUGCAUCAUGGGGUGAGUGCACAUAACCAUCGCUAUCUCUCAUUUUCCCCCCUUCCCUUUGAUUUUUAUACCGGAGCUGAAUUUGUUCCAGUAGUUUGGCUUUGAAGUUGAUUUUUAUGAGCUGUUGAGGCACGGGGUUUCAGAUCAUGGACUGUCGAGGACACCUGGCUCGUCAUGCAUUUAUUGAUGAGUCCGCUCAACCCCUGCCUUAAAAAUGUUGCUCUGUCCACAGGCCCCAGCAAGGCCUGCAGCUUUCAAGAGCGUGUGUUUGUUUUAACGUGUUUUAUAUAACGUGUCGUUUGAGUUGAGGCUCAGAGCUCGACCUGUCCUCUAACUAACGGGGUGAGACGUGGUCUUUGAUGCACAUGGGGGUCUCAGGUACACCUUUACUGAAUCUGUAUCCCAGCAAAUCAGCCAAGGAUGCUGACAUACGCUCUUCCUGUUUAUGGAUAGAAACAGAAGAAGAGAUGUGCGCAAUCAAGCAGGACAACAUUUAAGCACUCUGCUAACGCUGGUUGGAGCUUUUGAACAACCUUUCGACUCUGGACAGAGGUUCUGGACAGGAGUAAAGAGGUAUGAAAAGACUCCCUUGCUCACAGUGGGAUGUUUCAACACUGGGAAGAGACUGGAGACACUUGUAUGACGUGUAUGGACAGCAAAACUUAACAAAAACAACUUAACAAAAGACUACAACGAAAACAACUCAGAAAUCCUCUGCAUUUCUAACAAUCCUCCCCUGUUCACAGACUUGUGACGUACAUCCCUGUGCACAGCAAAUCAUCGAACAUGAUUCUUCAUGCCCCAAUAAGAACUCUUGUGACUCUGACCAGCUUUGGAUCGUCUCAAAGGAUACUCUUUCUCUCUCUCUUCGUGUGUCAUUGGUGUGUUUUGGAAAUUUACACCGCUGUUUUAAGGAUCUAUGUCACACAUUACGGACACAGAUUUGCAAUUCUUUACCAUGCCUUAUGGUAUUAAGGUGGAUGCGGAUGCUAAAUGAUUGAGUCAUUGUUUGCUUUUAAGUUCCUUUUGUUUCUCUUAUUGUAGUGUUGUAACAGACAGAAUCACAUUAAACAAAUAUUCACUUAAGCAAGACACAAAACAACCAA